GAAAGUUGAAUUGAAUGAAUGCAGUGUAAAUAGCUUAUUAUAAAUUCUUGCUAAAACCAGUGUUUUAAGGAGAGAUAGCCGGAGAAAUCGUUGAGAAACGUAGAAAUUCCGAAGAUUUGCCUCUUACAGAACACUUCCCAGUAGCAUUAUACUGCCCGAACCGUUAGUUUACGCUAGUUUGUACAGUGAUCAGCUUGAAAGUGCAGUAGAAGAAAAGGAAGAAGUCGAAACGGAUUUGCAAUUGUAAGGAAGAAGGGCACUAUAAGAUUUUUGAGCUGCUGCAAAGACCAGCUGCUACAAGAAGUUAGUGGAACUUAUUUAGUUCAUCCGAACAAACUCAAAAAUCUUAUAUUGAGUUACGGAUACCCUCACCACAAUGAGCGAAUCCAAGAUGGACUUCACCACGACACCCUGCGAAGCUUGUGGAGAACUUUCAACGCAGGACGAGGAGAUGAUCGGGUGUGACAGCUGCGAGCAUUGGUUCCACUCGCGCUGCGUGGAAGUUACGGCGGCGGCAAAGAAGGACAAGAAAUGGUUCUGUCCGGAAGGUGUCUGCCAAGCGGUUUCCCAAGCAUAUCAGAAGCAGAAGAAAAGUUCCCGUUCAAGAAAGGCCCCAGAAGAUUCGGAUCGGGCAAGUGUGAAAUCCAACGAGCCUCUAUUACCGGCCUUGCCUUCGUCUGUGGAAGAAAGGAUCAGAGCCAUGGAUGCGGAGAAGAAGCGCCUGGAAGAGGAAAUGGACGCAGAGCGUCUGAUACGCGAGAAGGAGUUGGAGAUCAAGAAUGCUUUGAAGGAACGAAGAAUGGUCAUGGAGCGCGAGCUGCGAGAAAAGGAGCUACAACAGGAUCGAGAGCUUCGCGAGAAGGAGAUUGAAGAGAAGAACCUUCACUUCCAAAGGGAGCUGCAGGAGAAGAAGGAACAUCUAAGCCGCAUUCUAAUGAUGGUGCAAGCCCAUCAGGAACAGAUGUCUUCUGUGGAACGGAAGUUGAAGGAAGCGGAAACAGACAAUGGCCGAAAGAAGACGGAAGUGGAUCCGCGAGAAGGUUUUUCUGGAGGAGUUGGCCUAAAGGUAACGCCAUUACGUCAUCCGGCCAUUGGUAAGCUAACGGAAGCUAACCUGAAGCUGUAUGCACAGAAAUCCGAAGACGUCGAAGAUAAUAAUUCAGAAAGUAGUGAAAGCGAUGCGGAAAAUGAAAGGGAAAGCAACGUGACAACCCCAAACGGGCUGGAGCAGCCGCGACAAGGACCGAACGUGGAGAACUUGGUGAGACUUCAAGACUGCUUGAAGGGACCGGCGCUUGAAUCGGUUCGUGGCCAACUUAUCUUCCCAAAAUCUGUUCCACGCAUAAUCGCAAAGCUACGUCAGUUUUACGGACGUCCGGAGCAGGUACUUCAGAACCAUCUGGAAAAGGUUCGCAAACUGGAACCACCCAGGGCCGACAAACUGGCGAGUUUCAUACCGUUCGGAAACGCCGUGGAACAGUUGUGCGAGCACUUGGAAGCAGCAGAUCUCACUCUCCACUUGGUUAACCCGAUCCUUAUCCAAGAUCUAGUUAACAAACUUCCGGACGGAGAAAAACGGCAAUGGGUCCACUACAAGCGGAAGAAGAAUGCAGCGACACUUCGAACGUUUACCGAUUUUCUGUCGGGCAUUGUGACUGAUGCCUGCGAAGCGAACGUCAACAUCGAGUAUAAGUCGGACACGAAAGUGGUAGUAGGAGUAGGCGGAAGAAAUAGACCGAAGGAAAAAGCGGCGGUGUACAGUCAUAGUGAGGUGAUGUCUUCCGGUGUAAACGAGACCUACAGGAAGCAGCAGAAGCCAUGCAAGGUAUGUCAGCGCUCGGACCAUCGACUGCGGUUCUGUCAGGACUUCAAGGACUUAUCCCAUGCAGAUCGGAUGAAGGUCGUUGCCAGGUGGAAACUAUGUCAGGUUUGUCCUAAUGAUCAUGGGGGUCAGUGUCGCUUUAAGAUUCGAUGCAAUAUAGGUGACUGUAGGGAACCUCAUAAUCCUUUAAUUCACCCAGUUGAGGGCGUAGUGGGCAUGAGCGCGCACAUUAGGUCGGGUCAGUCAGUUAGCUUCCGAAUGGUUCCAGUAAAGGUGCAUUCUGGGGGAAGGUCGAUAACAGUCCUCGCAUUCCUAGAUGAAGGUGCCUCAGUAACCUUGAUCGACAGCAAGCUUGCUGAUCGUUUGGGGCUUGUAGGUGUACAAGAGAAGCUCACUAUCAAGUGGACAGCUAAUGUCUCAAAGGUAGAGAAGAGUUCUCGGCGUAUGAAUGUUUGGAUUUCGGCAGUGAGUCCGCCGGGUAAUGCGAAGAUGUUGCUCCAAACGGUUCACACAGUCGAGAAGCUGAUGCUGCCUCAUCAAGCGUUGAAUGCUGAAGAGCUGGCGAUGGAGUAUGAACACAUACGGGACUUGGAAGUCACAUCGUACGACGGUCGUCCAGGAAUCCUAAUAGGAGCAAACAACAUCCACUCCUUUGCUCCGAUGGAGGCAAAGAUUGGCACAACAAUCGAGCCGAUUGCUGUCCGCUGCAAGCUUGGUUGGACCGUGUAUGGGCCAAGACAAACCGAUUCGGCGCUGAGAGGGAGCUAUUUGGGAUAUCACCAGAACGUGUCAAACGAGGAAAUCCACGAGCUACUGAAGAACCACUAUGCAUUAGAGGAAUCGGUAGUAAAUGUGCAGCAGGAGUCGCUUGAGGACAAGCGGGCUCGGUCGAUACUGGAGCGGACUACAAGACGACUUAGUGGUCGAUUUGAGACGGGACUUCUCUGGAAGACGGAUGAGAUUCACUUCCCGGAUAGUUAUCCAAUGGCCCUGAAGCGAGCGACACAUUUGGAGAGAAGGUUGGAAAGGAAGCCGGAAUUAUACCAGAAGGUUCGGAAUCAGAUCCAGGACUAUUUGGAUAAAGGCUAUGCACAUCUGGCGACGGAGGAGGAGAUAGCCAAUACACAGAGCGACAAGAUUUGGUAUCUUCCUCUGAACGUCGUUCUCAACCCGAAGAAACCCGGGAAGGUGCGACUAGUCUGGGACGCGGCAGCAACUGUUCAAGGAGUAUCCCUAAAUUCAAUGUUGCUAAAGGGACCUGAUCUACUUGUGCCACUAGUGUCGGUGAUUAUCGGUUUCCGGGAACGAAGGAUUGCUUUCGGCGGAGACAUCCGAGAGAUGUAUCACCAGUUGAAGAUAGUUACGGAUGACAAGCAAGCACAGCGCUUCCUCUUCAGAAACAGCAGCAAAUCAGCGCAGUACGUAAAGAAUCGGAGCGUGGAGGAGUACGCAACUAAAUUUCCGGAAGCGGCGGCAGCAAUCAUUCAUCGACAUUAUGUCGAUGAUUGCUUUGACAGCGUUGACACGGUCGAAGAAGCGUUAGAACGAGUGCAACAAGUGAGCUUUGUUCACAAGCAAGCUGGUUUCGAGAUUCGGAACUGGGUUUCGAACUCAGUGGAAGUACUUUCAGGCCUUGGAGAAGAUAAACCCAUGGAGCCGGUUCUAUUCAACCAGGAUAAGCAGUUGGGCAGCGAGCGCGUGCUUGGAAUUACAUGGGAUCCAGAAAUAGACGUGUUUGCGUUCACAAUAAUGCACCGGGAGAGUGUCAGAGCGUAUUUGUACGAUAGUAAGCGGCCAACGAAGCGAAUAGUUUUGAGUUGCGUGAUGGGAUUUUUUGAUCCACUUGCAAUUGUGGCGAAGCGGUUGCGAAUGGGAUCAACAGAUUGGCGACGAGGAGUGGUGCAAGUGGAAGCAGUGGACGGAUCUCCUCCCGGAGGUAGAAGCCCUUCAAAUACCACGGUGCUACAUGGUGACACAAUAUCGUCGUCGGUGGAAUCUCUCGAGUCGCACAUCUUUACGGAUGCGAGCGAGCACGCCUACGGAUGUGUUGCUUACCUGAGAGCGAUCGUGAAUGGGCAGAUCCAUUGCAGUCUGGUUAUGUCCCGAGCGAAGGUAGCGCCACUCAAGCGGCAAUCGAUCCCCCGACUAGAGUUGAUGGCCGCAGUGCUUGGGGCGAGGCUGAGUCAAACCAUUCUAAGCUCACACUCUCUGCGGAUCACUGUGUGGCCUGCUUCUGCCGAGCAAGCCGGCUGGUGUGCUGGUCGCGCGUCCGAGCUUGAUGAUUGCCCGAUGAAGAGAGGGGCCGACUCAUGGCCUGCUAUUCACUGA